CACUGCCUGAUGCUGCGGACUUAGGUGUGCCUUCCGAGUGCUUUCUCUGGUGAUUUUUAUCUCCUCUGUGUGCUGAGCAAUUUUUUUUUGUGCUGCAAGGGAGUGCGAAUGCGUCUAAAGGAGCAUGAGCCAGGAACAGAGCGGGUGAUGACAGCUGAAGAGAUGCUCACAGCUCUCUUCUGCCUGAUUUAUUGUGGAGGUUCCUGGAGCUGAAUGGAGUAAGAGAGACGUGUGUGUACUUUUUGGAAAGUGAGAGAAACCAGGGAGAUCUAGAAGGAGGGGAAAUGAAAGACCGAACAGCAUGAGUGAAGUGUAGAAGAGUUAAAAUAGCGACAUCUAACAAGAGUCAGAUGACUUCUAUUAGACCGAGAAGGAGGUAGAAAGGGGUUGGAGAAGGGAGGUUGUGUUUAUAGAGUACAGAGAGAGAAGUGUGUGUUUUUUUUCCCUCUCAGGAAGCAGGUGUGACUGCGCUGACUGAGCCUCCUCUUACUGUGUCAGUAGCACUCAGUGCACACGCAAAGGAUUGCUCCAGUGCCAGAAACCGUGUGAGAGAGAGAUACAGAGAGAGACUGAUAAAACUGCUGGAACAUAUUCUGUGUGUUCACUAGAUUGAAAAUCAGCCUGCAUGGCUUUAUUUUAGCAGUGAAAGACUUCGAAUCAGUGAGGACAGACACCGAGACCCUGAAGAGCAAUCGUGCCAGCCACAUCCAUCAACAUGUCAUCAAACGAGCUGAGCGCCCCAGACCCAGAGCCCUGCAUCCGCACCUUUAAGGAGCACAUGCGCCUGGAACUGGAGCCUCCGAGACUCGUCACGUCUCCAAAAGUGUCCCCGCGCAGCUCCCCUCGCCUCUUUCGCCGACUCAUGGUCAACAAGGGUGGCCGCCACCGACGACGCUUCACCGUCGCACACACUUGUUUCGAUGUGGAGAAUGGGCCGUCUGCAGGAUGCAGUCCUCUGGAUCCACAGGCCUCCCCUGGCUCAGGGCUUAUCCUGCACCCCAACUUCUCCCAAACCGGACACAACCAGCGGCGAGAGUCUUUCCUCUACCGGUCAGACAGCGACUACGAUCUCUCGCCCAAAUCCAUGUCCCGCAACUCCUCUGUCACCUCAGAGCUGCAUGGGGAUGACCUAAUUGUCACGCCUUUCGCUCAGGUUCUGGCUAGCCUUCGAAGUGUCAGAAACAAUUUCACCGUGCUGACUAAUGUACAGUGUACAUCAAACAAGAGAUCACCAGCUACCACGCAGCCCUCCCUCACCAGAGUCUGUCUGUCUGACACUGCAGAGGCACUCGCUCUGUCACGUAGACACUUCAAAGUUGUUAUUCCAGAAGCCUACCGCUUAGAUUGCCAGUCUGUCAACCUUAUGAUGCCUCCAACAGACGAGUCGUACCAGAAACUGGCUGUGGAGACCAUGGAAGAAUUGGACUGGUGCCUGGAUCAGCUCGAGACCAUCCAGACCUACAGGUCCGUCAGCGACAUGGCCUCCAACAAGUUCAAGAGAAUGCUGAACAGGGAGCUGACGCACCUUUCUGAGAUGAGUAGAUCUGGCAACCAGGUGUCAGAGUUCAUCUCCAACACCUUCUUAGACAAACAGAAUGAGGUGGAGAUCCCUUCGCCCACACCAAAAGCCCGGGAAAAGAAGAAGAAGCAGCAGUUGAUGACUCAGAUCAGCGGUGUGAAGAAGGUGUCUCACGGGCCCAGCCUGAACAGCGGCAUCACCCGCUUCGGUGUCAAAACCGACAAGGAAGAGCUGCUGUCUAAGGAACUAGAAGACCUGAACAAGUGGGGCCUGAAUAUCUUUACUGUGUCGGAAUAUUCCAACAGUCGUCCCCUAACGUGCAUCAUGUACGCCAUCUUCCAGGAACGAGACUUGCUCAAGACAUUCAAGAUCCCGACAGACACAUUUGUGAUGUAUAUGAUGACACUGGAGGACCACUACCACUCAGAUGUAGCCUACCACAACAGUCUUCAUGCUGCUGAUGUGGCCCAGUCCACACAUAUACUCCUCUCCACACCUGCACUAGAUGCUGUCUUUACUGAUUUGGAGAUCCUGGCUGCCAUUUUUGCAGCAGCCAUCCAUGAUGUGGAUCAUCCGGGGGUUUCCAACCAGUUCCUCAUCAACACAAACUCUGAAUUGGCUCUCAUGUAUAACGAUGAGUCAGUGCUGGAGAACCACCACCUUGCUGUGGGCUUCAAGCUCCUUCAAGAGGAGAACUGUGAUAUCUUCCAGAACCUCACAAAGAAACAGAGGCAAUCGCUCAGAAAGAUGGUUAUCGACAUGGUACUUGCCACAGAUAUGUCUAAACAUAUGAGCUUACUAGCCGAUCUCAAGACGAUGGUAGAGACGAAGAAAGUUACCAGUUCAGGGGUACUGCUUUUGGACAACUACACAGACAGGAUACAAGUCCUUCGAAAUAUGGUGCACUGUGCUGACCUUAGCAAUCCCACCAAGUCUCUGGAGCUGUACCGCCAGUGGACAGACCGCAUCAUGGAAGAGUUCUUUCACCAGGGAGACCGCGAGAGAGAGCGUGGCAUGGAGAUCAGCCCCAUGUGCGACAAACACACAGCAUCCGUGGAAAAAUCCCAGGUUGGUUUCAUUGACUAUAUUGUCCAUCCACUGUGGGAGACCUGGGCUGACCUGGUCCACCCUGAUGCGCAGGACAUCCUUGACACACUGGAGGACAAUCGAAACUGGUACCAGAGCAUGAUUCCUCAGAGUCCCUCUCCACCCUUCUACCAGCCUGAAAAAGAGGGACAUGGUGGAGGACCAGGGGCUGACAAGUUCCAGUUCGAGCUCACUCUAGAGGAGGAGGACUCAGAAGGCACAGAAAAAGAUGAACAGAGUCAGGGGGAUGAGGAGGAUGAGGAGGAAGAGGCAGAGGAGGCAGAUAGAGAGGAGGAGAUGGAGCCAGCAACCACACACAUCCAAAUCGUAACUGAAGACGCCUCACCAGUGGAUACAUAGGACCUUGUAGCCUAUUUUAAUGGCUAGUAACCAUUUUUUUCCCCUCGCAAUCUGGCAGUUGGUGCUUUUUAACAAAGCCCAGAGAGAGAGCGUUUUUUGGGCCUCUUGGGAGGAGCAUGACUGGCCCUCCUUGCACUUAUGUUUGGAGCCAGUUGGGUUGGAGCGCUCAGGAAAUAAAUGCUGCAGAUGAUAAUUAUUUUUUUGGAGCUGACUGACUGAGAGGUGACUCUGUGACACAGGAAGGAUUGGGGCCAAUGAUAGAGGUGUGUUUGUCUAGUUAGGCAAGCAUUUGUGGAGUUGACACUACUGAGAGAUUUUUUUUUAUGUACCAAGUGACUUUUUUUCUAAAGCUAUCGGGAUUAGUCGGGGUAGCAAACGAACUACUGAUGAACAAGUAUUUGUAAAGAAAGAAACUGUUUACUUUUCUGUACCAUUUGUCUAAAGACUUUGUGUGCCUUUUUUACUAUUGUCUUUUUAAUGGUCUUUUUUUAUUUAUUGAACACACUUUAGUAUAACUGUACAUGGAAAUGUUUUUUGUUUUCCUUUGUUCUUUUGUUUUAUUUUUCCUAAAGGCAAACCAGACAGCUUACACGCAGAGUCGUUUUCUACAAACCGAAGAGAAAACUCAGUGUCUUCCUUUAUAUUUGGCAAUAGAAAUGAAAUAAUCCAAAUACCUGAAAUGUAUAUUCCAGUCGAAAGAUGCACUUUGUCAAUUUUUUUUAUACUCGUCCAGUCCUUUUGGUCUUGUUCAGUUGCGAAUUUGCAACGAGCUCAUUUUGUAUAUAUAUAUAUAUAUAUAUAUAUAUAUAUAUAUAUAUAUAUAUAUAUAUAUACAAUUCACAAAACGCAUUUAAGCAUAAUGACAAUUAAAAAAUUGGGCCAAUUGAAUGCACUUAGGCAAACAUUACAGAGCUCCUAAAUAUACUGAUUUAAUAGAAGCAAACUGAAGCAAUAUUCAGUUUUUAUCUAUAGAAGCCCCAAGGAUAUUUCUAAAAAAAAAAAAAAAAAAACAAUGUAAAAAAAAAAUUCCUUCAGCUUCCAUUCAUUAACAUCAGUUCUCAUAGCAAGCUUUUACUUUUAUGAUUUUUUUUCACAGAUUACCUUUUCUGUGGGCAAUACAGUCACGAUUUAAUUUGUGACUCUUGUGAGUUAAAAACAACGGACAUUAGAACAAACAAAUGAAUAAAUAAAGUUCCAGCUUUAAACAUUUGAACCCAAAUCCAGUUUAAAGCAUAAAGCUACUUUACCUGCAUUAGACCAUUCAAUUAGACCACAUUAUACAUAUUAUUGUCCUGUCUAUUCCCGAAGUGGCGUGCGUGUGUGUCUGCGUGUGUGUCUGUGUGUGUGUGCGCACGCACUUCUUUCUCUUCUAUCAUAUACAUGUUUUGUUUUUACACACCUCUGUUAAAUUUGUUGAUGUUAGCUGAAGUCGGUCCUUUGCUGUUUAUAACAGUGUAUUUAUUACCUUUGUAAAUACGGAAUGAUGUUUCUUUGUAAAUUUAUUUUUAAUUUAUAUGCACUUGCAUUACCGAAAUUUGGUGGUGUUUUUUUGUGUAGUAGGCUCUUGGAUAGAGUCUGUUAUAUUUUGUAAUAUUGUUUUGUUUUUGUUUGUUUGUUUUUAAAUAUUGCUGAAUAAAUAUAUAUUAUACUAUAUAUAAAUAUAUAUGCUAUAUAAAUAUAUCGCACAAUAUACAACUGCCCAGAGAAGUAGCUUAAAGACACACAACCCAAUGAUUACCGGGAGAGCCUGUAGAUACGACACACGAACAUACUGUAGACAUCCGUCAGGCAUUAGAUGCUUUGUGUAUCACUGUUUGGUGCAACAUUUAAAAAGAAAUCUGACACCACGAGAUCACAGACAAAGUGGCACGCGGCUCGAAAACCUCUGCACACUUUUGAAUGCAGAUUGCUAAUAAUGGCUCAGAAAUAUUUACACGAUGCUGGACUCUUAUACCACACACGUUGGUCACAAAAUAUCACGAUCUCUGAACACCAAUGUGAAAUUGAUAUGAAUUACAAAAGAAAAAGGUUUUUAAAAAUGUGAUCUUCUGUAAUUAUUUGUGCUAAUGUGAACUAUUUUUCUGACCUUGUUAGCAGUUUUAAAAUUCAAUUUGUCAGUAUAACUUUGUUAAUCUAUGUUUAAGAGCUUUUGGUCCAAUUUGUGUCCAAAAGGAUUAGUCAGAGUUAGUAAUAUCUGCAUGAGGGAUGGGUUUUUUCGUCUAGUAAAUCCCACAUUGUUGCAGGUGAAUAUUUAAUGUUUCACACAAUGUAUGGUAUAAUAUUGUAUAUUGUGUUCAAUAAAAUCAAAAACUACUUUUCUAUGAAGUGAUUAAAAAAAUGACGCAUGAAUAUA